CCAGUUUUCUACAAAGGUCAAUUUUACUGUGCUCACAGCUACUGCGGCGCGCGUAGAUUCAGUCCUGCAACAUCACUGAUACGCCCUCGAUUCCCAUCUUCACCAACCAGUCCCCCUUCUGCUUUCCACUUCCUGAUCCCUUUCGUAUCGUCAUCAAUCCAGUGCUGCAUAGUAUCUCCUGCUUGUGCUUUUGACCGCGCAGCAAACUAGAUACUCGCGCAGAUCGCAUCCUCUCCGACCAUGUACCAACCACAUCAUACUCCGGCAUCUCCACCCCUCCAUCAUCCCGUCCCUCAGCAUCCCAUUCCACCCAUGCGAUCCCCUCCUCCACCAAUACAGCAACAGCAGCAUGGACGGUCUGUAAACACGAAUCCGUAUAUGCCGCAAGCAGGCGCUGUGCCCGCUGCAUCGUCUGGUUACGUGCCUGGUAGCGCUAGUGGAGGAUACAACCUGUUUAACGAUACCACCGCCCAGGUCGGACUUCAGGUUGGCCGAAAUGCCGUAUUAGCUGGCCAGGAAUACGUCGAGCAGAACUUUGGGCGAUUCAUGUCGCUUUCUAUGCCAACACUGCGGACAUAUUUCAACGUCUCGAACCGUUACGUUGCGAGCAAACUGUCCCUCGUUGUCUUCCCCUGGCGACAUAAGCCCUGGUCUCGGCAACCUAAACGAUCGGAAGUGUCUGGUGCGGUUGAAGGUUACAUGCCCCCAAGAGAGGACAUCAACGCGCCUGACAUGUACAUACCAGUAAUGGCUUUCACCACCUACAUCCUACUUUCGUCGAUUCUGGCAGGAAUUAAGGGCGACUUCCAUCCUGAGCUGCUGGGGUACAUCUCUUCAAUGGCAUUCGCAAUCGUGAUCUUUGAGAUCUUGGGAUUGAAGCUCGGGUGCUACCUCCUUAGCAUUUCGAACGAGUCGCAGAUCCUAGACUUGGUGGCGUAUAGUGGAUACAAGUUUAUUGGGGUUAUUAUGACCAUGAUCGCGGGUGCCCUGGUUCCUGGUUACUUUGUUAAAUACACCGUUUUAUUGUAUACAUUUGCGGCAAAUGCCUUCUUUUUGUUGCGCUCACUGAAGUACGUCGUCCUCCCCGAAUCCUCGAUGAACGGCUCGUCCAUGACUACCACCAACAGGCAGCGACAACGUCGGAUACAAUUCCUCUUUGCCUACAGUUUUGUGUGCCAGUUCGUAUUGAUGUGGCUUCUUGCUAAGAGCUGAACAAACUGCAUACACAAACAGUGAAAGCAGAAAUAAGCGAGUGAUGGAUGUGUCUGUUGGUUUCUAGUGUCUAUAGAGCAGGUCAGUUGGUGUAACUGAUUGUCCUGAAAACAAAUGGGGUUUCUAAAUUUUGCUCUGUAUAAAUAAUUAUUAGGCGGAUGGUUCCAACAGUUUAUUAUUCUAAGUAGUCUAACUGAGAUCUUGCAAUCACAUG